AGAACCGCGGCGAGUAACCGCUGUGUGUUUGCUGUUUCGUUCAUUUACAGUCUUUUGGUUCAGUUCUGUUUAAAAUGCAGUAUGCGUUUGCUGAGUACAAGCUAAUGCUUUUAGCUUGUACGGCGGUCGUCGAGAUGUGUUCCGCAAGGAUACUAGGAUAGACUUACAGAGGUACUGUUUCUACAGAGCUAGCUUAGCCUAACAGCCCAUGUUAAAGCAGCAAACGUUGACGAUAGUUAGCUAGGUUAGCAUAGUUAGGUCUGUAUAUAUUAACGUUGUAGCCACGGACCUGCUGACUUUCCAAAGAAGCUGUUUUCUGUCUUAAAAGUAUAAAAUGUGCUCCACAGAACUUCCUUUAGGGUCGGCACAGCAACAUGCAUCUGUGAAGCAUAUGAAGGGUAGAGCUGAAAGUAGAGGCAGCAGUUAUUUCGUCGUUUAGGUUUUUAGUAGCAUAUCAUUAUGAGUAACGUUAUGUCCACCAGCAGCCUUCCACCUCUGCGGAAUCUGCCCAGCUGGAGCAGGGUAGGGAUACUGGACAGGGCCCGUUACCCACGACUCUUUCCCUCUGACUGUGUACAUGAAGGCCCUGCUUCGGACAGGGACGGCCAAAAGAUAAGCCAGAGCAAGGCAGUGAUGGAUGGGGCACGUGUGGCCUCUCUGGAGAAAGAUAUCUUGUUCCUCCAGCAAACACAUAAAAGCACACUGGAGAAGCUGCAUGAAGAAAUCGAAAGCCUGAAACGCACCAACAAAGAGUUACAGUAUCGGCUGAUCAUGGACUCUCAUCCUUAUCCUCCAAGAGAUUCCAAUGCUGGAGGUUUACAUGAAAAGCACUCUCAGACUGGGUUUAUCAGCUCUCAAGAGAAGCUGGACACUGCAAACCAUAACGUCGAACAAUAUGGGGGCAUCAUCACAUCUCUGCUUCCUCUGAAGAUCCACAGUGGCCAGUCCAGGCCUCCACGCACCCCAACCCUGCAGGAGUGUGAGGCCAUUAUCCGGCAGCUCUACAACACCAACACCUUACAGUCUCAGGAGCUGUUGCAAGUGAAGGCUAUGCUUAAAGACAUUGUCCUGAACAAAAAGAAAAUAUCACCUGAAGUGUCCACUCUAACAAAGGCAUACCUCUCUGAUAGCACCAGCAGCGGAGAGCACUUUCCAAAACUACCUCUUAGGCCCUUGCCAAAAAUACAACAGCCCAGCCAGACCUCUGUGAGAGAGAGGGUGAUUCUACCAGCCAUCAGGCAGAGUUUGCGCAGCAGCAUGACAGAAAGGCAGAAACGAGCCCAGGACGUGCACAAAACUCGACUCAGAAGAGCUGUCAAUUCCUAG